UUCAAUUCCUUUGCUCUGUGGAGGAAAUAAUAUUUCUAGAUAACAUUAACUAAAGUCUAAAAUAUCUUUCCUUAUUACUUUCAGAUUCUCUUUCUGUUUGUGACACUUUUUUAUCAUCAUUUCACAACUGCUAGCCUUCCAAAGACUAAUGCCAUAGCUCCCGAUUCCUCAAUGACUGACCCCAACCAUUACAACUUUGUCACAAAAUUUUCAACCUCUGAAGAAGAAGUGGGCACAAAAGUCACCAUACUGUCUCCUGAACGUGCUCUACAACUCUUUUCACAAGGCAGUAUCAAUCCCACCAUAAAAAAUGAUGGCAGAGUUGAUAAAAAUUCCACUCAAUCGGCAAUGCUUCCAAAAAGUGAAACAAAGAAAGAAUUGGAAACAGACAGGCAAACACUCAAUUCUCAGACAAAUGCAAAGGACGAGGAGGUGCAAGGAGAGGAGCUCGAAACAUCCCAGAGUGUGCGACAGGCAAGGGGACUCUAUGGAGAUGACUUUGGAUACGAUGGCUACGAUAACUUCGGAGACCAUGGUGGGUUCAACAGCUAUGGGGGUUAUAAGGGUCUAGGAGGUUAUGGAAACAAGGGUCAUGGAGGAUUCAACUAUGGUGGGGAACAAGGAACUCAACAAGGUUAUGCCAAGGGCUACAGCAAGGGCUACGAGCACAAGUACAGCCAUGCCUAUGGUAAUGACUAUGGCCAGAAGUACAGGAAAGGCCAUGGCUAUGGCCAGCAGCAGUAUGGUUAUGGCAAUGGGGGAUACGGGCAUGGAGGUUAUGGGCAUGGGCUCUAUGGGUUUGGAGGAUAUCGUGGUUACGGACAUGGCCUGUUAGGAGGCAUUGGUGGCGGUCUGGGGGGACUCUAUGGGGGUCAGCUCCUAGGAGGGUUGAGGGGGGGCUUUCUUGGCCCCUAUGGUGGGCUUGGGGGCUAUGGAGGGUAUAGGCCCCUGGGUUAUUAUCCCUGGUAUGGAUAUUACUAAAUGGUAAAGGACAGACUGUAAGUAAAAUAGAUAUACUUCUGGAUUUUUAAUACUUUUUAAUAUGGUAUUUUUGUAGAACUUAGUUUUAAUGUGGAGAGAAGAUAAAAGAAACUGGAACAUCUUUUAUAAGUAAAAUAUACCAUUUAAUAGCAUUGUUUUAGC